AUGGGAAGUCACCAUCCCCUCGGCUACCCCAGCAGCCCGAAAUCCGUUGACAGCAACAACCCAUCACCAUCGCAGGUGCCGUUGGAUGCGAAGAUUAAAGGCCACCUGAUCACCGAGUAUGAGAUCGAGAACAGAGACUUGAGUGGCGAUUCUUACAUUCUUAUCAACACCAACCCAAUUCCCGAGAUGGAUUGCUUUACCUGCAAGAAACUCUCUGAGAAGGAGGAUGGUCUCACCUGUGUGUCUUGCACCCGCAAUGUGAUCAAUCCACUCCGAAUUGAACUUACAAAAGUUCUCUUGCAAAAGGAGGAGCUGGCGAAGAAGGUUGAUCAUAUCAUUGAUCCAGACAACAAUCCUGCGCCUGAUGAAGAUACCAAGCGACUUGCAGUCUUGCUUCGAGAGCGACACCUCCGCAAAAUCGAAGCCGAACAGGAGCAGGCAGAAGAAGGGCGCGUUCGUGAGCUACUCGCUGAGAGGCAACAAGAACUUGAAGACUUGAAAGCCAGACGCGACAAAUUGAAAUCUCACAAUACUCAGCGAAAGAAUGAUCUCGCGAAGACAAAGAAGGAGGUUCUCAGUGCAAAGAAGCAGCAAUUGAAGGAAAUGAAUGAGAAAUUGGCUCAGGAUAAAUUGAAAGCGGAAGCGUUACAUACCAAGACCAUCGAGGCCAAAGCAACUUUGUGUCGAGAGGUCGCCUCAUUGAAGAGACUUCGGCAUGGUAAGAAGAAGUUGAAGGAUGGCACCAUCAAGGAACUCUACUUCGUCUCCGGACUCGUCUUACCUGAUCUCCGCCAGAUCAACAAUAUGCGCUGCACUGAACUGACCGCCGUUCUUGGCAAUACUGCUUUCAUCCUCUACCUCUGCACUUACUACAUCGGUAUCAAACUUCCGUCAGAAAUUACAGUUCCACACCGAGACUAUCCUUUGACUACCAUCAUGACUCCAGCGCAGUCUUACCUUGGACAAGAUAUUCCGUUCCCUGGUUCUGGUUCAGCUCUUGGAAGUGUACCUGCCAGCCCAUCAGCCACUCGGUCCGAUACAGCAUCCCUGCCACGGCCUCGACCUCUAUUCAUUGGUUCAGAUGAUUACACUGAAAGUGUCGCGCAGUUCGCCAAGAAGGAUCCUGUUGCUUUUAGUUUCUUCCUCGAGGGUAUUGCUCUUCUGGCAUACAACGUUGCGUGGUUCUCACGCAGCCAGGGCUUUCUUCAAGGUACAGACUCUUGGGAAGAUAUUUGUGACACGGGUCGCAUUCUGUAUGAGAUACUUGUUGCGCCUCCACAGUCACCUGCCAUCAUGCGAGUCAUGUCUCAACGGGAUCUUCAAGACCGUCGCUCCCGCAACAGUUCUUCUUCAACUCGACAAGACUCUCCCAGUGGUUCCACUGGUCGCCUGGGGGCAGGAUCCCACACUUCAAUGCAUGACUUCUAUACUCGAUCAGAGUUGUCCAAGGCUACUCGCAACUGGCGCUUCAACAACUACAAGAUGAUCGCGGACCCAUUGAAGAAGCAACUUCUCAACGAGAUGAACAAUGCAGAGUGGGAGGUUUUAAAUCAAGAUGAGUGGGAUGAUGGAGGAGAAAAGAUGGAUGAAGCGGUCUUCAUUAAGACUCGUGCUAUGGACGGAGCCGCUUAUGACGAUGCCCGCAGCAUCAUGACCACCACGACGAACAAGUUGGCUGGUAUGGAGAUCGCAGGCGAUGAGACCCGUGACAAGGGAAAGGGCAAGAGUGGCUGGACCAAGGUUAAGAGCCGUGAAAAGCCAUGA